AUGGAGUCUGCUGCUGCUCGGGCGAUGACAUCUAAGCUAGCGGCGCAGAUAGGCGGCCUUCCACCUGGCCUAGACUACAGCCCAGCCAGACCCUCGGACCCAACAAUACUGUUUCCCCAGACUUUGCCUCUCCUUCAAUUACCGGCUGCCACUCUGGACCCACUUAUGCUCCUGAGUAUAACGGAUCAACCGAAUCAAAAAGCCCAUUGGAGGCGACUUCUCGUCAAGCUGCUUCCAACGCGGACACAAUCCGACAUCUUGUUCAGCUACUUUGUCGAGCACAUCAACUGGAUAUUUCAGACCGUACACAUCCCGUCCUUCCGAAAGGAGUAUGCACGGCUGUGGGAAGCGCGAAUUGAAGAUGUAGACCUGAUCUGGCUUUCCUUGCUCUUCACGAUCAUAUCAUUGAGCGCUUUGUAUAUCCCCAUCAACGCGGUUGAAUUUGUCGGUCUGCAAGGGGGUACCGUGCGGCAGCUGGCUCAUCUCUGGCACCAUGCUUCUCUGCAAGCAUUACAGGCUGGCAAUUAUGAAGCAAAGCCCACUCUGACUCAGCUCCAGACCUUCUCGAUCACUCAGUUGUAUUGGUAUGCAACGAACAAUAUUGAGAUGCUGAACUCUCGUAUGGCUCAGGCGAUUCGGCACGCUCAAGUCCUAGGAUUGGACAAAGACUCUGCGGCAUCCAAGAACGUCAAGGAUGAGAUGAGACACCGGCUGUGGUGGGACCUGGUUGACUCAGAUACGUUCCAAUCAAUAUGCCUCGAACGACCCCCUUUGAUUCAAGUCCGUUUCACCAAUGUCCCUCUCCCUCUGAACUGCAACGACAUCGACAUUGGAUCAGACUUCGUCCACGCGAAACCAGUAGACGAGCCGACCUCGAUGAGCAUGAACAUCUACCGAGCGAAAAUCUUUCAGAUCAUCAAUAAAGCACUUGUCUCUGAACCAACACAAUUCAAAUCUCGCGACGCCGUGAUCGAACUAGACCGUCAGCUCUUAGACAUUAUGGAGAAGCUUCCAUGGUUCUUCAAGCUUGACGCUGACGGAAAGGCGAAUCAGUUCCCCCCCUCAUACGAGUUUCUCAUCUGGCAACAUCAUAUUCUACGAACUUGUGUGAGCACUCAGCGGAUCCGCAUGUACCGGCCGUUUCUGGCCGAGCACAACAACAUUGCUUGGGGCAAUUGCCUCGGCGCGAUCGAAGACGCCAUGGCCGUAUAUCGCACGCUGCGUGUAAAUCAGUCUUCAGGGAUGCAGCAGAAGUUCUUCGCACAAGCAUAUCAAAUCUUUUCCGUGGCGGUAACCAUGGUCACCAUUCUGCUGGUUGAACGCUCCAUGCCUCGUUUCUCACAGUUCAAACACGAUAUCGAGACCAUGACGGCCGACUUGGCACUGGUUGAUGCACAAGCAUGUCCCGUCCCAGUUGCAGUCAACGGGCGAAAAGUUCUCCUGAACAUGCUGGCACUUUUGGACCAAGGCUGCUCUCCUGAGGACGCCGAACGAUUGGUUCCGGAUAUCUCAACCAUCAUAGGUGGGGAGAACACGACUCGUGCCUACCUGGGACGCCGUGGAGCGCAAGAUACCAGUGAUCUAGUUGCGUCACCAGCGGAAGCGACAGUAUCGGGACAACAACGGCGUCAUGAUCCUCAGCAAGAACACAUACGAGAAAACCAAAACCGCGAAACAAACACAAACUCCCUUCGCGCCCCUAUCGCUAAACUGAGCGACACCAUCCCUUCAACUUCAACUUUUGAAUCAACAACAAUGCAACAACACACCAGCGACGAAGCAUCAUUAACAAUGGCCUUCCCAGAACCAACAGAUUUCAGCUUCGACUUUGAUGAAUUCCAACUGAGCGAUUCUUAUGACCUGUUCGGCUGGGACAUGACCGGCUUGUUGUCCGGUGCAGUAGCCUCAGGUUCCGCUAACAGGCUUCGGACAGAAGAAGACAUGGGUUCGGUCCUGUUCUAA